GCGUACGCUUCUCACGGCUACACCACACUCGCGUCAGCUUAAUCGUACAUCACACAUUGUUUUAGACGGGCGUCUUUGCUUAAACGGUAUCGCCGAUGCAAAUUCUAAUAAAACGAAAAGUCACAAUUUUAGCGACCAUAAACAAAAGGCCAAACAAGAAGCAGAGAGUGUAAACGGAAGGCACGCGCGUGCGAGCAAACACUAAAUCACACAUACACCCACACAUACAUACACACGCGUGUAUAAAAAUAAAAGAAAAAGCGUGUAUUUUGGACGCGGACGUGCUUAAUUUGAGAAGCUUUACUAAUUUAUGACAAGAAGGUGCAUAGAUAUAAAAUUUAUCAGCGCCAAAAAAAGAGGCAGUAUUGAAAUCUAUAUAGAAAAUACAUAUAUGUACAUAUAUGCAAAUUACAGAACCUUGGUUCAGUUGAAACGAAAAUAGUGAUAAAAUAAUCGCUUAGCGUCUCGUGUGUCUACUGCUGCGAAAUUUUGCAGAAUUUACCACAGUGAACGUACACGACCCUACAGUGUAGAGCAAAACAAGUUUUGGCAAAAAAAAGAGCAAAAAAAAAAUAUUUUUUUUUGGUUGCAAAAAGGUGGAAAGCCGAAAAGUGUAAGCCAAAAUUGUGGUGUAAUUCCGUGUUUAAAAAUAGCCAUUCACUAAUAAAGCAUUUGGCGUGUCAGCAAUAAGAAAAAAGAAGGAGCAAGAAAAUUUUGUGAAAAAUAAAAAUUGCAGGAAGUGCAAAAUACAGCAUUAAAAGCGAAAAUAAAAUUUGUGGCGGAGCGUUGCAUGCAGCAAACACCGGAGAUAUAUACACACACACACCAACCAAACUUUCAAAAUAACGCUACUGCACACACUGUAGUAUCAACGACAGAUACAUUUUUUAAUUAUUAGAUUACGCAGCUGCAGCUUAGCUACUAUGGCGCCCACAAUCUGUUCGGAGAAGAAGCCGCGACAAAUACGCGCAAAUCUCAAGGAAAUACGCCGCCAACCAAACGCGGCGGCAAACGCAUUAUUGUCAACGUUGGCGCCGGCGGGCAGCGGAGCGGCAAAUGGCAGUGGCACAUCUAGCAUUAUAAAUUACGUGGCUGGCGCACGGAAUUCAUCAACACUGCGUGUACGCGGCCCAAGCGACGCCAGUGAAUCGUACACCGAGCGCAUCCAGCGAUUGCAUAUGGGGGAGGAGGAGGACGACGACGAGGACGUACAUGAAAUAUCCGAAAAUUUCGUCUCCUCAUCCACGAUGGGACCGGAAUUGGUGCGCGCUAUUAUCGACGAACACAUGGAACUGGAUAAUGGCACACUAGAUGAAGAAGACUGCGAAGUACAUUCCAUAACAAGUGGUGCGCGUUAUAACAGUGAUAUUACCACCGCCAACAACAACAACAACAUAGGUCACAGCAGCCAAACAACACGACAAAUGCUUCAUUGUACCGUUAAAACAGUAUUUCCAGCACCAUCUAUGAACAGCGACAAACAAUUCCUGGCACCAACAACGAAAUUGCGCAGCAAUAACAACAACAACAGCAAUAAUCACAAGCGACAUUAUGGCAGCGAUGAAGAGGAGGACACCGAUUCCGAUACAUAUUCCAGCAUGUGUGAGAUCAAGAAAACCGAAGGCCUGCUGUCGAUAGCGUUGAAGACGAUCAAACUGGUGAAACGCAAUCAAUUGUUGCAACGCCGACUGGCGCAAUUGCAGCUCGAAACAUCGGAGUUCAUACAAUCGGUGAUGGCAAAUCCGGAGAAUCAACACAUACGCAAUAACAUGGAUUCGCCAGCAACAACAAUAUCGUCGACGCCGUCCUCACCCUCAAUGCCAUCAUCACCGCUGUCGCCUGCCGUAAAAUCACCUCUAUCACCGUUACAAUCACCAACAACAACGACAACAACAGCAGCGUUGCAGUAGAGUCAAAACGCAGCCUAAAGUGUGGGCGGUGAAUGGGGAGGGGGGGUAGCGUAAUUUUGUUGUAGCGCGCAACAUGCUGCCAAGCGCCAGCAACUUGUUGCGAACCUCGAUGUUGCGAAGCACAAUUCAACUAGCACUUAUACAUAUAUUAACAUGUAUCCACACAUACACACACACACACACAUCAUUUGAGUGCUUUGCUAUUAUGCGCCAUGCUUUUGUUUUUGGUUUUCUGUUUGUUGGUCGGCAUUUGACUUAUUUGCAUUGCAUACUUGCUGGCGUACCACAAUUCAUUCUCAAAACGUGAUAAAACAGCAAAAACAAUACAAGCACACACACAUACACCACAGCGUUGCCGCUAUUUAUGAAUAAUCAAAUCACACAUAUACAUUUAAAUAUAUAUAUAAAAUAUAAUAUAAUAUAAAAAAUUAAUUAUAUAUACUUAAAAUAGUUAUAAAUAUGCUACAGCUAUACUAUUUACAUACAUACAUAUGAUUAAUUCUUAACUUUAAAUGCAGUAGCGAAAAAGUUGAAAAGAAAAAAUUCAAUCAAUCAACAACAACAAAAACAAUACAACAAAUAUUUAUAAGUAGUGAAACUACUCAUUUUCUAACUCUAAAGUAUGCAACUCGUCACAACAGCUGUUGGCAAAGAGCAUACAGCAGUAGAGUUUAGGGAGCGCUGCAGGCGAGCAAAUGUUGUUGGCAAAACACUCGGCAUACAUACACACAUAUAUAUUAGCAUACUGUUGGCAUUGUAGUGAUCUCAAAAGAAAAUUUUACUGACAACUUGUGGUAGCAAUAAAAAAAAUUAUUAAAUUCAAAAAAAUUAAAUUUAAAUUUAAAUAAAAAUAAAAAAUACUUACAAAAAACAAUCCAAAAAGUAAACAUUUUCUCUAUGCCAUCAUGCAUAGUUCUACAGCUGAUUUGUUGCGCUUACCACUUACUGCUAUUACGCCCGUUACUCACUGAAAUUAAACUUUGUAUAUGCAAAAGAUACAUGCUAAAUUUUCAUAAUUUUGCACUAAAUUAAAGAAAAUAUAACCAAACAAUAUCAAAAAAUUUGAAAUCAAAUGCUGCUCACGCUAAGAGCUCUCUUUUUCUUGCUUAAACAAUAAAAUACUUUUAUGCAUUUUCGCCUUAAUCUUAAUGCUUUUUAUACGAAGAACUACCGUUGCUGCUCCUAAAAUUAUGCCAAAUAUUUCUUAAGCUUAAGCUGCAUAUUGUAUUUUAGUGUCUAGCUUAGCUUCUAGCUUUGUUCAAAUGCAAUUGCGUUUUUCUUUUUGUUGUUCAUCAAGUAAAUGACUAUAGUAUUUUAAAUGAUUAUCGUAUAUGUAGCAAGUAAUGAAUUUGUAUUCUUAAUUUCUGUAUAGAAAAUGUACUGAUUGGUAACUAAAAGUUUAACAUUUUAUUGAGCGUAGUGAAUAAAAUGUGAACGUAGUUUGUAAAUGGUAGAGAUAUGUACGUUGAACAUUUGAUUGUAAGAAAUGUUAGGAAGUAGGCAUGAUAGGAAGUAAGCAAGUUUGUAAGCGCAGUGUAAAAAAUAUAUGAAAAUUACAAAAAAAAUUAAUUAUUUAUUUUUCAUUUAAUGAGGCCCUCAAAUACUAAAUUUUGAAAUUAUUUCGUAAAAAAUUUAAAGAAACAAUAUUAUUAUUUAUAAAUCUAAUAAAUGAAUGGAUCAACAAGUUUUAUAUACAAAAUAUAUGUAUUUAUGAAAAGGAAAAUUAGAAAUGAAAUGUUAUUUCUAUGAGAGUUUCAAGUAAAUCAGCCAAAUGUUAAAUGUAUGAAAAAUUGUGGAUUUUGAACUGAAUUAUGCCAAAAUUAUAAAUAUGCUAAAAAAUUUAAAUUUUUUUUCGAAAUGAGAAAAUUAAUUUUAAUUUUUGUUAAUAAUAUUUUUUUUUUAAUAUUUCAAAGAAAAGAAAAUGUAUAAAAAUACAAAUUAUGAGUAAAUGAAAUACAUAAAAAUUAUAAUUUUUAUUAUUAAAAAUUUAAUUUUUCUAAAUGUUUCAAUGAGCAAAACUUAAUUGAAUUAUUAGAAAUAAAAAAACAUAAAUUUUAUUUCAACUAAAAUAUUUAAUUAUAUUUUUUUUACAGCCGGUUUCACGAAAUACAUUAAUUGAAAAUUAAGUUCCAUUUAAUUUUAAUUUUUAUUUUUAUUUAACUUUGCACUUAAGUUUCCUGCGUUUUAGCAUUAUUGACAUUUGGCAUCCAAAAAAUUAAAAGGCAGGGAUGUUAGUAAGAAUAACAGCUGAUUUAUGUAAACAAAUAAAUUGUAUUUCUUUGUCAAAAUGGUAAACAAAUGGGAAUUCAGCUGAUAGAACAGCGUAACCAUGGUUACAUAUGACAGUAUUUAAGUAAUAUUUAAAUGCCAAAACGUGACCAUUUAAAUAAAAAU